AUGACAAGCGAGACGAGCCAAAUCUUGGGACACAAAGCCACGGAUGAGGCAUGGGGCGGUGAGGUCCUGGGCGCGCACGCUGCUGUGCUUCGGGUACAGCAGCUGCGCCAGGCUUUUCGCGAGGGCCGCGCGAACGCUGCUGCUCAAGCUGCAGGUUCCAUGCCCAGGACUGGCAUGUCUCCGCAACUGCAUCCCACCAGACCCCGGCAAGUUCCGCCACCCAACCCUUGGCGAACAGCUGCGCCCUCCCAAGCAGCGCAAGAAAUCAUCCUUACAGCGUCCAACUGGGUUCCAGCCGUGCAAGCCGAAAAAACAGUUGGAGAUGGCAUUUUGGCCCGCGGAGCGCCGGCGCCGGUAGAGUCGUUGCGGCAGCAGUGGCGAGAGCAGCAGCGACGGCAUCGGAUGAUAUCUCGCACGGAGCAGCAACAGCAGCAACAAAGCAAACAAACGGUGCCGGAUGGCGGAUGGCACGGCACGUCCAGUCAAUCCACUAGCUGGGAUGCGAAUUUGCAGCGUGCCAUAUGGGGCUUUAAGAGGAGCCCUAGGGCAGCGACCGCUACGGCAUCGGUUGCCGCACCUUCGCAUCCGCUUUCCACCGUUACGUUGUACGGCUACGCGGAGCGGACCCCGUUCGGGACGCCCCCACCUCCUUCCUCUGCACCUUAUACCAGCGGCGCCGCAAGCGGCGCUGCUGAUGCCGCCAGUACGACGGCGGCAGCCGUUGCUGCGGCAGCCGCCAACCUUUCAACUCUUCUUUCAACCGCGUCUUCGGCCUUCAACACGCGCCAUCACGGCACAGCCCCCGCCGGCCGCCAACAGUCCUCACCACCACGACCACCAUCACGCAAACCGAUUUACGCACCCGACCCAGAUCCGGCCCUAACCAACCGACUACCGUUAUUUCGAAAUACGACAAACAUACCGCCGCCACAACCUCGGCCCCAGCGGAGAUCACGAGCCGCAGAUGCCGCAGCCAUGCAUCGCCCAGAAAGAGCCCGUGGCAACGGCUCCGCCGCCGCCAAUAACGUUGUUGGGCCGUUCACUAGCGGCGUCUGCGCCGCCAACCCCGCUGCCGUCGCCACCACCACAGACAGCAUGGAGGGUGCCGGUGGUGGCGGCGGCAGCAUACUCGACAGGGAUGGUGCCGCCGCCGCAGGCCCUGCUGCCGGAAGCGCUCCCGCUACUCUACAGCAGAAGGUGCGUACGGCGGGUUGGCGCAGGACCAGCGGCGGCAUCGGUGGGCGAGAUCAGGCCACCGCAGGCGCCUCCGCCGUCUCAGCCGCAGCCGCCGGCAGCAACGGCGCUUGGGCGGGACGGUUGUUGUACGAUAUGGCCGAGCAAGCCGAUGUGCAUUUACCGGAUAUGGGUUCAAUCCGUCCGCGGGCGGCGAUGGCGGUGAUGGGUCGCAGCAAGCGUGGCCUGGACGAGCACUCACUGCCACUGGACGAGAGGGCCCCCCUGGAGGUGCGCAACACUCUCCGCAAGCGGGCACCGUCAGCAUCCUUCGCCGCGCAGCCGUACAGGCCGUACUCCACGGCCGCCGACCGCGUCUUGGCAGCUGCCACCCUCGCGAGCACCCGCGGCUCAACUGGCAGCGGCUUCGGAGCGGAUUGGAAGCAACAUCGGGAGCCAGCGGCGCCGCUCACCGACUCCCCGGAGAAGGGACCCUUGUCUGGUCGGCUUUCUGACCGCCGAAGCUUACCCCGCGGCGGUAGGGCACACCAGGACCAGGAGCAGCACCAGCACCAGCUCCAGCACCAGGGAGUGUCUGGUAGCGGCCCCGGUGGUCUUGGUGACGGCUUGGGGGCGGCCCGAGCAGGGACGGAGACGGGGUUCGGGGCUGCAGGGUCGCAGACAACGGCGGAGCCGUUCCGGGCGGCCCCAUGUGUGGUAUUCAGCCGGGCUGCUAGGUUUGCGCAACCGGGCUACGGUGCGGCAGCAGCAGUAGCAGCAGCGGCGGCGGCGGCGGCGGCGACGACAGGUCGCGGGGCAGGCGGUGACGCAGCGCAGGGUGCCAGUGACAUGCCGGCGGAGCGGCAAGAGCUGGGGGAGCUCAGCAGGAAGCGGUGGAGUACCACUUGGGGUGACGCGACGGCGACGACGACAACGGCGGCGGGUGGCGGUGGUGUUGGUGGCUUCACCGAGGGCGGCGGGGUGGAAUCUGGCAGGGGCCCGGUGGCAGCCGUCACCACCGCCGCUGCCGCCACUGCUGUUUCCUCUUCCAUGGCACCGCUAAAACUGGACGCGGCCUACCGCGCAGUGCUGCCCCGUGUGUCUUGCGCCGUCAUCUCCGCAACCAGCCGACGCCUGGACUGGCUGCCUUCUCCCGCUGCCGCCACAGCCACCGCCGCUGCCACGGCAUUCGCAUCCGCGUCACAGCAGCCAGAGCAACGGCAGUCGCGAAGUGGCCGCAGCCCGUCACUGCUGUCGCGGAGCUUGACGGCGCCACGACACGACGGCCAGGCCCGUCGGUCGCUAUCAGCGCCUUCUAAGAUGCGACGGGUUGACCGGGAGCGGCUUGGGAAGAGGCAGAAGUUGAUUCAGGCCAGUCGUCAGGCAGGGGAUGGCGCCGACGCCGACAUAGCUUCGCGGACCUGCGAGCCGCAGCAGCCUUCCCGUCCUCACAGCAUCGGUCGUGGACAGCAUCGGUCGCGGCGGCUGCAUCGGAGCGCGUCCGCAGGCCGCGGCCCUAGCACCAUUUCGCCGGCGGUCAAGGUUGCUGCUGCCAAGGACGAAGCAGACUCGGAAUCAGCCGGGCAAUCGGAAUGCAUGGAGGACCCCGGCACGGAUCCGGCCGCCGCCGGUGGCCGGCAGUCCUCAGGCGACAACCGGGAAACAGUACUGGACGAGGAGCCGUGGAGCCGCCGCCGCCUCUGCCGCCGCCGGCACCAGAAGCAUCCCCUGGAGCCCAUGGCCCCGCUUGAGAAAUUGGCACAUGCGGUGGCUGCUGUGCGGCCCCGUGUGCCAGUGGCGCGGUUUGCGACUCGGAGCGUGGCGGCGGACAUGAGGCGUGAGCUGCAGGAGCGCCGCCAUCGGCAGCUGCAGAAGGCACGGCAGCUGGAGGAGCAGCUCCGGAACCAAACCGUGGACCAGCUUUGGCCGGCCGUGGCGGCAGCACAGCGCCGAGAGCGCCUGCAGGCGCUGGCAAGGCGCCGCCUAGAUCCCGGCCCCGGCCCUGGCCCUGGCCCCGGCGGCGAAGGCAGCGAUGGUGGGGGGCACAAUAACAGCAGCAAUUCGUGCGCUGCCAGCGGCGGCGACGAUAACAACGCGUCGCAGGCGGGGCAGCAGCAGCGGCAGGAGGGGCAGCGCGCCGGCGCCGAGUCGCUAUACGUACGGGAUGCCGCAUCACCCCCCUUGGCACGCGAGCCGGGUGCAGAUCAAGGGGCAGUGAGCACGGACACCCAUCCUGGCUUGUUCGAGGGUGACGUCCGGCGGGUGGCCUCACCUUCCGUUGCCGCCAGAAGAAGUCCGCGUAGCCCCAGUGCCAGUAGCACCUCAAGGGCCCGAGUCGACUUGGACAGCAAGACGCCGUCACCCCCGCCGUCACCCCCGGCGCCGCCGCCGCCGUCCACAACAGCAGUUUCGACCCCACGAUGGAGUGGUAUUACCGUAAGAGUAGCCUUCCCUGUCACCUUCAGCAGCCCGGAACGGCCGCUACCGCACUUCCUGGCCGCCACUCGUCGUACUCUGUCCAACCUCCUGGCUCUCGCCAGCCCGCACCCGGCGGCAGAGGCAGCGACGACGGCGACAGCGGCGGAGGCGGCAGCUCUGGCACCACCACUGCCCCCUUCGACUCAAUCAGAGCCAACCGGCGACCGUUCGGGCAAGCAGGAACCUCAUCCGCUGGCGCAGGUGCAGGUGCAUCAGCAGGUGGUCUACAAGGGAACGGCUGCUGCUGCGGCCGCGGGCCCCGACCCGUGGGUCGCUGUGCCGGGCACGACACUGACGCCGUCCUAUACCCUCGUCGAGAAGCGCGCGCCCGCCGUCUCCUUCAGUCCCGUACGGCAGCGGCCACACUCCCAGCCGCGCUACAGUCGUGAUCCGGGUCCCGGCCACUACGACCCGGGGGUAGCGGACGGCGCAAUAUCACGCCUGGCCCGCAGCCCCGCGGCCGUCUUUGGUACAGCAAGACGAAGCGCAGCGGAUCCGUACGACAGCCCCACACGGCGCGAUGGUGCCGCCGCCGCGCCGACCCCAUCCGUGCAGAUAUCCGAUGACAAUGGCCGUCUCUUGGAGCGCAUACCCGGACCCAGCGACCCGUGGUUCAUUGAUCUGGCCAUUCGACCUCGCCGACCCGCCUGGGGCUUCUCAGCCCUGGGGCAUGAGCAACCGGCGCAGAGACCCGUGGGUCGCUACCUGCUGGACCUGCGGCCAGUCUACGACCUGGUGCAGCGCCGAGUGAUGGGUGUACCGGACUUCACUCACACGCCCGAGCGCACCGCGGGAGAGGCGGCGCGCCUCAAGAAGCUGCGGCGGCAACCAGGUAUAGGCGAGUACGACGUGGAGAUGGCUUGGUCGUACCUGUGCCGCAGGGCGCCACAGGUUCUGAUGCAUUUGGCGGCACCCAGGUGGCGCGACGAAGCUGCAGGACCGCGCGAGCCCGGUGAAGGCGACGACGGCUCGCCUCGUGACGAUGUUGAAGGCGGCGACGGCGACGCCGCUGUACGGCAGCGGCGCCAGGCCCUCCUGGAGCUCUCGCAGGCGUUGGACUACAUCCGGCCGCGGCCGCCGGCCUGGACCUUCGCGCCUGUCGUACGAGCGGUGCGUCGCGACGUCGGGUCAGAUGACCCGCGGGUCCGCGGUGUGGGCUUCGGUCCGCUGCUGUCCUGGGAUGUCGACCUGACGCUGGUUCGGCGCCGGCUCCCUGGAGCGCUACCGUUCGGAGCUGGGCCGUCGCGGCGGCAGGGCUUGACGCUGCUGGACUCCAGGGCACUGGCGGCUGUACGGCACCUGGGUCCCGGCUUCUACGAGGCCGAGCUGGCGUGGCGGGCAGUGCAGCCCCUCCCUCGAGCCGCGGACUUUGGCCUCAGCCCCGGGCAUGUGUUGGGAAUCGGUGAGCUGCCGCAGCCGGACGACGGCGGUGAGCUGCCGUACGGUACCCGCCUGACGCUGGACGCCGCUGCAGCCAAGGACGCAACGCUGCGCCGCCGCGACCGCGGAGCAGCGGCUGUCAUGGCACUGGCCCUCGGUCGGGAGGAAGCUCUCCCGGUCGACCCCGCGUACGACCAUCGUACGGCGCAUCUUCCUUUGCCCGACCCCAAUCUGGACCUGCCUACCCGGCCCCGUGUGCGCAACGUGGUAUUGGAGGGCGGUCCUGGCCACCAGCCGCUAGCUCCGGAACCAUCGACCCAUGGGAUGCUCCGGGGCCCCGGCGCCUACUUCCCUGCCGACGCGGAGCAGGCGCUGGCUGUGGUGGGGGCUACAGCUCGGGUGGUGGACUUUGGGCGGGGUCCCGAGAGGAGGGGGCUGCUGGUGGGGCCGGGUAGCACGAGCCCGGAGAAGGUGUUGGAGGGCAACCGGCUAGUCCUGUCCCCACACACAGCCCUGGACUACGUGCGGCCGAGGCCCCCGGCGGCACUCAUCCAACCGCCGCAUGACGAUGCCGCACCGUACGACCUGCCGUACCUCCACGCUGUGUACGAUGUGCAGCCCGGGUUUGGCUUGUUGCUGCGGCGCGCCCCGGGGCAGCCCAAUUUCGGCACCCAGCCGGGCCGCGAUCCCCCACUAGCCUGGCCUGCCGGAAUCGACCCGGCGGCUCCGCUGUACGGCAGGGCGGUUGGGUGGUUGGGCCCGGAGGAUAUUGCGCUGACUCAGCUGGCUGGGUUUCGGAGGGCGCCCGGUGCGCCGGACUUUACCCGCAUGCUGUCCAGGACGUCGCCUGGGGGUAAAGUCGAUUACGACGGCCAGCGCCUUUUGGAUCUGGAUCCCUACAGCGCCAGAGACCGCCUCCGCUGGCAGCCCCCCCGGCCGCCCAACCUGGCUCUGGGUCGUGGUCAUGGGGACCCGACAGCAGUGGAGGGCCCGGAUCGCGACCUCACCGCCUGGCUCAACUACCGGCCCAGGUGGGAGGUCGUACGUCGCAACCUGGUGGCGCAGCUUGCGGUGCCGCUGUCGCGCCAGAUCGGUCGGGAACAGGCGCUCAAGGGAGACCCACGGGUCGGCGACAAUGCCACCGGGGACCUGGACGGCGGGGUCUACCGCACACGGUACCGCCUGGUAUGGCGCUCCGCACCCGCCAUCGACUUCGGCCGGGGUGCUGGGCCCGGUCUGCGCACCGGUCUGGCCCCGGGGGCCCUCCCGACGGACCCCGAUGCGGGCAAUGUGCUGAUGCUGGAGCCGCGACUGCCCACCGGCUGGCGGCCGCCACGUCAUUCGGCCGCCAGCCCCACUCGGCAGCCGUUCGGAAGGGGCGAGGGGCGCUGGGAGCGACCGGGUGCGGAUCCCGCAUAUCGCUUCCUGUCUGCGGUAGGCGACGAGGGCCCCGCGCUGUACCUGCGUUUCUCAGCGGACGACCUGGCAGUGCUGAGGCGCAGGGCCACCGCCGCCAACGCGCCUGCCGCCCCCUGGGGCUGGAUGACGUCGCAGCGGGACGCGCAGGUGAUGCAACCCGGCCCCGGCCGGCCGCCCCGGCGCCGCCUUCCCUCCCCCGCCGCCUCCCGGAUAGCCACUCAGCUGGUGCAGCAGCUGCCACCGCCCAACUCCGAGUUAGAGAUCCUCAAGAACCAGCCGCCCAGCGACCCGAGGGUGGGUUAG